AUGUCUAAUCUCCCAAAGAAGAUAUCAUCUUCCUUAGACGAUGAAGAUGGUGAUAUUAGCCAACAGGUAGAACAGACAUUGUCUCCAUUUGAUGAUUCCUUCCAGUUCGAAAAUAACGUACAAUUAAGCCACGUAAGCUACAGUAAUUUAAAUCAACGAACUAAUACUGUUCCAAAAAUUAAGUUCAGCAGUGACGAUGUUGAAGAAGUCGUUUUAGAUUCAAAUGAUGAAUCAUAUGAGGAUGAUGCUCAUUCAAUUUUACCAACUCCAGUAAUGGGCAAAUCAGCAACAUUUGAUGAUCUUGAUUUCGGUAGUGAUGAACCUGCUACAGAAAUCUACAAUGGAGAAAGUUCCCAUAUUAAAAGAUUAAGAUUAGGAACCAAAAGAGUAAAAGGAAGAGAUCGUUUUGGUAGGUCCAAGACUUUAAAAUGGGCCAAAAAGAAUUUCCAAGGUGCAUUUGACGAAUUAAGAGGUGGUGAUAAUAAUGAUACUUCUUUGAUGUUAAGGAACCAUGCUGAUCAGCUGAGAACCAUUUAUUUUAAUUUGCCUUUACCAGACGAUAUGAUAGACGAAGAUGGCUUGCCAAUAGCGCAAUACUCAAGAAAUAAAAUCAGAACUACAAAGUAUACACCACUGACUUUUUUACCUCGAAAUAUCUUUCUUCAAUUCAAUAACCUUGCUAAUAUUUUUUUUCUGAUAUUAGUUAUUCUUGGGUACUUCAGUAUUUUCGGUGUCUCAAAUCCUGGUCUAGCUACUGUUCCCCUGGUCGUUAUCGUUUUCCUUACUGCUGUUAAGGACGGAUUUGAAGAUUCGAGAAGAACCAUUCUAGAUAUGGAAGUUAAUAAUACAAAAACACAUAUCUUGACAGGUAUAGAAAACCCAAAUGUUGCUGUAGAUAAUGUCUCUCUAUGGAGAAAAUUCAAAAAAUUGAAUACCAGACUUUUAAUGAAAUGCUUCAAGUUUCUAAGCGAACGAUUAAGUUCGUCUGGUAGAGAAGCAAGGAAAGCCAGAAAAAGAUUGGAGUUACGUCUCAAGGCGGCAGGAACAAACCUACCACGUUCGUCAUUGGAUUCACUACAAAGUUAUAGAGUAUCUGCAGACUAUGGUCGUCCAUCUCUUGAUAAUGAAAAUAUUUUUGACUCUAAUGAUGUUGGUAUCUUAAGCAAAUCAUUGCCUCCAAGAGAGGAUUGCAAAUUCGGUAGAAAUUAUUGGAAGAAUGUGGUUGUGGGUGAUAUUAUUCGUAUUCACAAUAAUGAUGAAAUCCCAGCUGAUAUGAUUCUUUUAUCUACAUCAGACAUCGAUGGGGCUUGUUACAUUGAAACUAAAAACUUGGAUGGUGAAAGUAACUUAAAGGUUCGUCAAGCGUUAAAAUGUAGUUCGUCAAUAAGAAGCUCGAAAAAUAUCGCAAGAAGUCAAUUUUGGGUUGAAAGUGAAGGUCCCCAUGCAAACUUAUAUUCGUACCAAGGUAAUCUAAGGUGGGAUGACUCGGGAUCUGGCGAAUCAAAAAAUGAACCUGUUACUAUUAAUAACAUGCUGCUUCGUGGAUGCACCUUGAGAAAUACAAAGUGGGCAAUGGGUAUUGUCGUUUUCACUGGUGAUGAGACUAAAAUUAUGUUAAAUGCUGGGGUAACUCCGACAAAAAAAUCAAGAAUUUCAAGAGAGCUAAAUCUUUCAGUAAUGGUCAAUUUUGUCUUUUUAUUCAUUCUAUGUUUAAUUGCCGCCAUUAUCAAUGGUGUUUAUUACACCAAAGAGCCCUCUUCUAGGGACUCUUUUGAGUUUGGAGAGGUUGGGGGUUCUCCAGGGAUGAGUGGGUUCAUUUCUUUCUGGGUUGCGUUGAUUUUAUAUCAAUCGUUAAUUCCUAUUUCUCUGUAUAUUUCCAUUGAAAUCAUUAAAACAGCCCAAGCAAUUUUUAUUUAUCUCGACGUCUUAAUUUACAAUGAAAAAUUGGAUUAUCCUUGUACCCCAAAAUCUUGGAGUAUAUGUGAUGAUCUAGGGCAGGUGGAAUAUAUCUUUUCUGAUAAAACUGGUACUUUGACUCAAAAUGUUAUGGAAUUCAAAAAAUGUACUGUUAAUGGUAUUUCUUAUGGCCGUGCAUAUACGGAAGCCUUAGCUGGGUUAAGAAAAAGACAAGGUGCUGAUGUCGAAGAAGAAUCUCGUCGUGAAAAGAAGGAAAUUGCUCUUGACAGGGAAGAAAUGAUUGCUGAACUAUCCAAAAUAUCAGACAAUUCACAAUUUUUCCCAGAAGACAUUACAUUCGUUUCCAAGGAGUAUGCUUAUGAUUUGCAAGGUAAAAAUGGCGAACUGCAACAAAAAAGCUGUGAGCACUUUAUGCUAGCUUUGGCCUUAUGCCAUUCUGUUUUGAUUGAACCAAAUCAAGAAAAUCCUAAGAAAUUAGAUAUAAAGGCACAAUCCCCAGAUGAGGCUGCACUAGUCACCACGGCAAGAGAUGUAGGUUUUAGUUUCGUUGGCACUUCAAAGACUGGCUUAAUUGUUGAGGUUCAAGGUCUUCAAAAAGAAUUUGAAGUUUUGAAUAUUUUGGAAUUCAAUUCCUCAAGAAAGAGAAUGAGUUGUAUUAUCAAGAUUCCUACACAGAGUGAGCAUGAUGAGCCAAGAGCGUUGUUGAUCUGUAAAGGUGCAGACUCUGUCAUUUAUUCCAGGCUAGAUCGUGAAAACAACGAUGUCAAAUUAUUGGAAAAGACAGCCUUACAUUUGGAACAAUAUGCCACUGAAGGUCUCAGAACUUUAUGUGUUGCACAAAGGGAAUUAACAUGGUCACAAUAUAUAAGCUGGAAUAAAAAAUACGAGCUUGCUGCCGCCGCUUUGACAGAUAGAGAAGAAGAAUUAGACAAUGUGGCAGAUUUGGUGGAAAGGGAAUUAAUUUUGCUUGGUGGAACCGCAAUUGAAGAUAGAUUGCAAGAUGGUGUACCAGAAUCCAUCUCUCUGCUUGCAGAAGCUGGUAUCAAAUUAUGGGUUCUAACUGGUGAUAAAGUUGAAACAGCAAUAAAUAUCGGGUUUUCAUGUAAUUUAUUGAACACUGAUAUGGAACUAGUAGUUGUGAAAACAGGUGGUGAUGAUGUCAAGGAUCUUGGUAAUACAAAAGAAGAAGUAGUUUCAUCCUUAUUAUCAAAAUAUUUACGUGAAAAAUUCGAUAUGAGCGGUUCAGAACUAGAAUUAGCAGACGCCAAGAAAGAACAUGGUUUACCGGAAGGAGAGCUUGCUGUUGUCAUUGAUGGUGAAGCUUUGAAGGUAGCUUUAAGCACUGAAGAGUUGAGUAGAAAGUUUUUGUUGUUAUGUAAAAACUGUAAAGCAGUUUUAUGUUGCCGUGUAUCCCCAGCACAAAAGGCUUCCGUUGUUAAAUUGGUUAAAAACUCAUUAAAUGUUAUGACAUUAGCAAUCGGUGAUGGGUCUAAUGAUGUUGCGAUGAUUCAAUCAGCUGAUAUUGGUAUUGGUAUUGCCGGUGAAGAAGGUCGUCAAGCGGUUAUGUGCUCUGAUUUUGCCAUUGCACAAUUUAGAUAUUUGACCAGACUACUAUUAGUACACGGUAGAUGGUGCUACAAGAGAUUAGCCGAAAUGAUUCCACAAUUUUUCUACAAGAAUGUUGUUUUUGCAGUGGCUAUGUUUUGGUAUGGUAUCCACAAUAACUUUGACGGUUCCUAUUUAUUUGAAUCGACGUACACAACUUUCUAUAAUUUAGCUUUUACAUCUUUGCCGCCUAUUAUGCUUGGUGUAUUAGAUCAAGAUGUUGCUCCUAAAAUUUCUUUAAUCGUUCCUCAGCUUUACCGUUCCGGUAUCUUAAGAAAAGAUUGGAACCAAGCAAGAUUUCUAUGGUACAUGGUUGAUGGUGUAUACCAAUCUGCAAUUUGUUAUUUUUUCCCUUACUGUCUAUACAGAGCUACCACGCUCAUUUCGCAUAAUGGUUUGGGAUUAGACCAUAGAUAUUAUGUGGGUGUUCCAGUUACAGGUAUUGCGGUAUUAUCGUCGAAUCUUUAUAUUUUAAUGGAACAAAAGAGGUGGGACUGGUUUACAUGUUUCUUUAUGGCAUUGUCCGUGCUUAUUUACGUUGGAUGGACAGGUAUUUGGUCAUUAUCCUAUUUAAGUGUUGAAUUUUUCAGAGCCGCACAACGUAUAUUUGGACAACCUUCAUUUUGGGCAGUACUAAUAGUCGGUAUAUUUUUCGCUUUAGUGCCCAGAUUCACGUAUGAUAAUUUUCAAAAAUUAUUACAUCCAAAUGAUAUUGAUAUUAUUAGGGAAAUGUGGUCCAGUGGAUAUUACGACCAAUAUCCAGAGGAUUAUGACCCAACUGAUCCUGAUAAACCAAAGAUUAAAAAAGUUACAAUUUUCGAAAAGAGUUUAAAUUACCAAGAUGUAUUACUUGGAUCAAGUGAUGCUUCAAACGAAAGUGUUAUAGUAGAAGAAAUACCAUUGGAUUUCAUGGACAAGCCUAGUAGUGGUCAAGAAACUAACAUGAGUGAAAAGCAAGGCCAUACAGAUGACUGGCAAAUUUCUGAUAAACGUACUAAUAACAGAUCAAGUGUCACUUAUUCACGAGGAAUGACAUCAUUAGAUAGAACUCGAGAUGAGAUGUUACGAGAAAACCAACUUGAUACUAGAUAUUCCGUGGAAAGGGCAAGGACUUCAUUAGACUUGCCUGGUUUGACAAAUGCGGAGUCAUUACUAAGAAAUAACUGA